AUGCCAACAUCUAUGUGCACUGCUGAUUGUGGUCCUGGAUCUAGAAAAUUCGGGAUAGAUGGAAUGGCAGCAUGCUGUUUUCAUUGCAAACCCUGCCCUGAAAAUGAAAUUUCUAAUGAGACAAAUGUGAAUUUUUGUGUCCAGUGUCCAGAGAACCAAUAUGCAAACACAGAACAGAAUCACUGCAUUCCUAAAGCUGUUGUAUUUCUCAGCUAUGAAGAACCAUUGGGGAUGGCACUUUCCUUAAUCUCCUUGUGCUUCUCUGCAUUCACAACUGUGGUUCUUGGGGUCAUUGUAAAGCACCACAAUACUCCAGUUGUUAAGGCCAAUAACAGUACUCUCACCUAUAUCUUGCUCAUCUCACUCAUCUUUUGUUUCCUCUGUCCCUUGCUCUUCAUUGGCCAUCCAAACACAGCCACAUGCAUUCUACAGCAAAUCACAUUUGGAAUUGUAUUCACUGUUUCUGUUUCCACUGUCUUGGCUAAAACAAUUACUGUAGUUAUGGCAUUCAAAAUGACAGCCUCACGAGGAAUAAUAAAGUACUUUCUAGUGUCAAGGACGUCUAAAUACAUCGUUCCCAUUUGUACUCUCAUCCAAGUUAUUGUCUGUGCAGUCUGGUUGGGAGCUUCUCCACCUUCUGUUAAUAUUGAUGCACAAUCUGAGCAUGGACACAUCAUCAUUGUAUGCCACAAGGGAUCAGACAUUGCAUUUUACUGUGUUCUGGGAUACUUGGCUAGCCUGGCCUUUGGGAGCUUCACUCUAGCUUUCUUUGCCAGAAACCUUCCUGGUGCCUUUAAUGAAGCGAAAUCCAUAACAUUCAGCAUGCUGGUGUUCUGCAAUGUCUGGAUCACCUUUAUCCCUGUUUACCAUAGCACCAAAGGCAAGGUCAUGGUGGCUGUGGAGAUCUUCUCCACUUUGGCUUCCAGUGCAGGGAUGCUGGGAUGCAUCUUUGUUCCUAAAUGUUACACAAUAUUGUUUAGACCAGACCGGAAUUUUCUUGAAAUGAUCAGGGUGAAAUCCUCUUCCCAUGCUCACAUUUCAUAA